ACGCGAGUCGGCAAAUGGCGAAGUAUAGCAAUAUCGCGUGAUCACGUCUGCUGCAUGUGUAAUGUGUCCAUACAUAUAUGUAUAUACAGAUGUACUUAUAUGUAUAUGUAAACAUCGAAUGAUAUUGCAGUUCUUAAAGUGAUCAAUCUAGUACUCACUCUAAUAUAGUACUAGUUACUCACUACAGUCACUGCAGGAUUGACGACUUUAGGAACACGUUUUUUUAUCAUUUAUAAAUACAUUCGGCAGUAAUAAAAAAUUCGGCAAUAAAAAAGAGCGUAAGUAAAUUAUCCAAUUUUUUUCUUAAGACGAACAAAUAAUUGGCGAAAAUAACAAAAAUGUAUAGAUUAUAACAAAAUGAAUAUAGAAACGAAAUGUGAUUUCAGCAGCUUAACGCACAUGAGAGAAAGAGAGAGAGAGAGAGAGAAAGAGAGAGACAGAGAGAGAGAGAGAGAGAGACAGACAGACAGACAGAGAGAGGAUCCGAAACAGUCUCCAUCAGCUGUAGCUAUAUAUUUACAAUAAUUGUAAAUAAUUACAACUGAUCACACUGCAAGGAAUAUGGAUAGGUAUAACCAAUAUAGAGAAUUAGGCGACAAAGCCAUUACAAGGAGCACUGCAUACAGAUAUAGAGAUAGUACUAUAUCUCCGUCUUAUCAUCUUAAUGCAAGUAAUGAGGAAGCAGACCAUUCUUGUAUUACAUUUAAUGAUAAUGAAGCUGAUUAUAUAAAUGACGUGACUAACCGCCCCAUGGAACAACAUAUGGAACUGGACAAUGAGCAGGACAUGAUGUCGAUGGAAUUUGAAAACGAUUUGGAGUACUAUCUUCAUACAAUACUGCUUGAAGAUAGAUUCGAAAAGUCUUCUCAAUCCUUUCAAGAUCCAAAGAAUUUAGAAGAAUUGCUCAAUAGUCCUACUCUUCUAGAACCCGCUUCAUCAGAUCCAGUUAACGUCAGCAAAGGCGAGUUAUUAUUAAUGAUUUUGAAGUUCAGUAUGAAUAAUAAUUUAUCGGUCACUGGUAUGACGAAUUUAUUUAAAUUAAUAAAUACUAUUUUUGAGACGUCGAUUAUGCCGAAUUCCCGGUAUCUUGCUGAUAAAUUGUUCAAUCCUAUGGACAAAGCCGAAUUCCAUGCCGUAUGUCCAAAUUGCACGGCAUACAUAGGUAAACUUGGUGAAAUAGAAAAUGUAAGGAACUGUCGAAUCUGCACGUUGGAACUAGAUUUAAGUAAUCCUAGUAAUACCAGUUAUUUUAUUUUACUUAAUCCUUCGUCUCAAAUAAAGGAUAUUAUUAGUAUUUACCAAGAUCAUUACGAAUAUGUAAUUAAAGAAAGAGUUCGUGAACCCAAUAGUAUAAGUGAUGUAUAUGACAGUAAGGAAUAUAUCAAAUUUGUUGAUUCUUUGCCAGAACAAGAUAAAUCAAAUUACAUUAGUGCAGUUUUUAAUACGGAUGGAGCAAACAAAUUUAAAUGUUCAAAAUAUUCUAUUUGGCCUUUGUUUCUUAUGCUCAACGAAUUACCAAAACAAGAAAGAAUGUCCAAGUUAAUUACUUGCGGAUUGUUUUUUAAUAAACACAAACCCGACAUGACUGUCUUUUUAGGUACGUUUGUUGAUAUGAUGAAUAGGUUAACCAAAGAUGGUAUCCCGUGCGUUAUAAAUGCAAAAGAUCGCCUUUAAAGUUACACAUUAUUAGUAGCUGCGUUGAUUCCGUAGCCCGUGCACCAAUUCAGGGAAUCAAGCAAUUCAAUGGUAGGUGUGCUUGUAGUUGGUGCCUCCAUCCCGGUGUAUGGGUCGAAGACGCAAUGAAGUACCCGUUAUUGACAACUUCUAUUAAUCCAAGAGACCAUGAAAGUACCAUUAAUGAUAUGAUGACAGCUACUCCCGAUCGUCCAAUAAAUGGUAUUAAGUACCCUUCCCCGCUCAUCAAUUUAACAUCUUUUAAUAUUAUUUCGGGAUUUGUUCCCGAUUAUAUGCACUGCUGUUUAGAAGGGGUUGCAAAGCAGCUUACAGAAUACCAUAUCUCAUCGAUGAACAAUGAUGACAUCCGAGAAAUCGAUUCAAAAAUAAAUAAAAUCACAGCUCCACACCAAAUUUCGAAAUUAAGUCGACCAUUAAGUUGUCGAAAUGACUGGAAAGCACGAGAGUGGGAAAAUUAUAUUUUGUACUAUAGCUUCGUUGUUUUGCCAGAACAUUUAAGUAGAAAUCAUUACUAUCAUUGGCUUCUCUUUGUAGAAAGUUUGUAUAUAUUACUGCAGGAUAAAAUUAAUAUUACAGAAUUAAAUCGAGCUGAUGAAAUGUUGCACAUAUUUGUAGCUGAUACUGAAAAAUAUUUCGGACAGAAAGCUAUGACAUACAACGUCCACCAACUAUUGCAUUUAUCCACAAGCGUACUGAAUUGGGGACCAUUGUGGUGUUAUUCAACAUUUUCAUUUGAGUCGGGUAAUCACAUUUUAUUAAAAGCUAUCAAAUCUUCCAAAGGCGUUCCGUAUCAGAUUACAAGAUUUAUACAAAUUAAUCACACAGCAACAGUUUUGCAAGAACAUGUAUACAAGCAUGUAAGUGACGUCGUAAAAAUUUACUGUGAUGACAUUCUGGAUUCAAAGGUUCAAAAUUGUUGUAAAAUAUCAAAUAUAACUUAUUUCGGUAAAGGUAAUAGCAUUGACAAUAUAUUAGUAGUUAACUUUGAUCUAUCAAAAGAUGCAACGAUGUAUUAUAAAAUAAUAAAAGAUGGUUGUUUGUAUGAGUCUGAAUCACGAAAAAAAAGGAGAUCAAAUAAUUCCUUUAUUUUGUUAAACAAUAAUAAAUUUGCGCGUAUUGACAAAUUUAUUGUAGACGAAUACAAUAAACGAGAGUUUACAAUUUGUAAUAUUAUUAAAACACGUAACUAUCAUACUGGAUACUAUCACAUGUUCAAAAUAAUUGAUGAAAUUGAAGCCAAUUCUACUAUUGUAGCUACGAGCGAAAUAAAAACUAUUUGUAUUUAUAUUGAUAUUUUAGGAAUAAAGUAUAUACUACCAUUGCCGAAUUUGUUACAUUAUUGACAAAACGAUUUUUAUAUUUUUAUAGAAAUAUAUUAUUUCAUGCUUGAAAA